AAAAUAGUAGCACAUUGUUUUCUGUUUUCUUUUAGGAUUAUAUUUCCUGUUCAUUACAAACCAAAAGUAAAAAAGGAAGCUCCCUAAUAUAUACAGGUAAUUUGGACAGUUCAUCAGAUAAUACAGUUAUGCCUUUGUCCAUAAAUGCUUCACAAUCAAAAAGUACCCAGAGUGGAAGUAAGCACUAUAGCAAACCUCUUAAUGACUUGUUCAGGAGUUUCAAAAAUUUGGAUUGCUUUGAUGAUGAGCUGGAUUUGCUCAGUGAUUCAAGUCAGCUAGAACUAGAAGAAGAGGUCACAGUGGAUGUUUCUGCAACUAAUGCAAUUCAGAAUGCAAUCAUGUACACAUAUACAGAAACAGAUGUCACCUUACCAUCCAGUUUGGCUGCAAACACAGUAACAUGUAGUGAUCAUGAUAUCAGUAGUGGUCUGGUUAGGAAGACUGCAAGCAAGCCUGAAACUGAGGUAUUGAGUGGUCAAAGAUUAAUACCAUCUGCCAUCAACCAGAUAUAUGAUGAACUAUAUGUCAUACAUCAAAAACUGCAGCAAGAAAAUUCAGCACAGCAGGAGUAUGCUCUGCAACUUCAGAAACGAGAACAUUUUUUAGCUGAAAGAGAAGCAUUGCUUUUCAGACAUGAAGCUGCUUUGACUAAGAUAAGAGGUGUUGAAGAAGAAGUUCAUGCAAAAUUUCAAAUUAUAAAGGAGCAACAUGAGGCAGAAGUUCAACAGCUGUCAGAAUCCUUGAAAGAAAGGACGAAAGAAAACAAGAGACUCAGAUCAUCAUUUGAUGCCUUGAAGGAAAUGAAUGACUCUUUAAAAAAACAGUUAAGUGAUGUGACUGAGCAGAACAAGAAAUUGGAGUUUCAAGCAAAAAAAGUACAAGCUCGUUUAGAUAAUUUACAAAGGAAGCAUGAAUUUUUAACAAUACAGAAAUCUAAAGAUGUUUCUCAACCAAUGCAAGAAAUUAAAUCUGUGAAGCAGGAAAAAAUGACAGCAACAUCAAAAAUUUGUAAGGCACCACUUAAUUCACAUGUUUAUGAGCUUUUAACUGUUCUUAUGGACUGGAUCUCAGAUCAAUUCCUCAAAGUGAAAAAAGAGGAAGAAAGAGGAGAGAAUCACAAACUAACAUACACACACAAAAAUGAUACACAAGAAAAGUGGCCAAAGCUUUUACCGAUCAUUGCAGAACAGCUCCAGUGGAUGCCAUUUGUGAACCCUAAACUACAUAUUCCUGUAAUUAAGUUUAUUUACUGGGCUAUAAGACAGCUAGACUAUGGGACACAGCAUUCAACUAUGACAUCAACUAUGAGAAGACUUGGUGAAGACAUAUUCAAAGGCAUAGCAAAUAAGGGAAACAAACAUAGCUCUUCAGAGCAGUCUGCUGAAAGUAAACCAAAGACAGCAGCUUUCUUUAAGAGUUCCAUUUUACCUUUGAGAUUUGUAUCAACUUUAAUUAUACUCAAAACAGUAACACAAGCUGAUUAUCUGGCUCAAGCAUUUGAUUCCCUUUGUGUAGACUUGAAGACAGAUGAAGGAAAGGCCUUGUUUUUGGAGUACCAAUCUGUGCCUAUCAUAUUAAAUCACUUAAGAAUAUCCAGUAGAGGUCUGCUUUCUAAUGCCAUUGAUGGUUUACUUCAGAUGACAAUGGAAUCUGUGUACGUCUGAAACUGAACUACUAAUGCAAGUUGGUACAAAUGUCUAAGGAUGCCUGUGCAGGUUUGUACAGAAUACUGUAACUUGUACAGAAUUCCUGACAUGACAGUUAUAGACUUUGUAGUCACCAAAAAUUUACAAGAAAAAUUACAUCUAAUUACUACGAUGACAGACCACCAAAAUAGACAUUUUUCAAAUAUGUUUUAGAAACACUUUCAUUUCUACAAUCUGUUUUUUAAAUAAACGCACAUUUAAAUAUAUUAUAUUACCAUGGGAUUACUAACAGGAUACUGCUGAAUACUGUAUUUUGUAAACUUAGUUUAUAAAAAAAAUCCUCUUAGAAUACUUAAACUAUUUUUGAUUGUUCUACUUCCAACUAAUUAUAUUCUGUGAGGAAGGGGCUGGCAUCAUCACAUUGCUUUGCAUACUGUUUACAUUUGGAAGAGUAUCUUCACAAUCAUAUGGGUUAGAAACAUAUAUGAAAGCUUAAAUUCUGCAGAAAUUGAUGUUAACCCCUCAUGCUGACAAAGAGAAACAUCCCACUUGUUCUUUCCAAGUAGACUUUUCAGCACUUGUUCUAAAUGGUGUUAUGUUACUUGAGUUGUGCUUUCUGGGUUACAAUUUACACUUCAGUUACAGACUAACAUGGCUACCACUCUGAGAAUUUACACUGGGUUCAGUAGAGCUCCUGAAAUAAAUUACAAUCUUGUAUUUCACUCUCAGGCUAUCUAUUAUGACUAAUAAAAUAUGUAUGUCCUUAUUUUUUUAAAACAAAGGUGCAUCCAUCUUCACUGGAUUGAUAGCCGCACUUUGACAUCUCAUUUAUAAAGUACUUUACACAACAUAUGUAAAGGAGCUAUUAAAAAACACUUUCUGUACUUCAUUACCUAAUGCUGUGGUUUGCAUAUCCUGCUAAGUUGCCUUGAGUAGGACUUACAAAUAUGUUUAAAACAAGGAAAAAAAUAAGCUAUGAAACAUCUUCCCAAAUCCAUGUCCCUUUACUACCAUGCUGUCAGAAAAUAUAGUGUAUAUGUAAGAAAGUCAAACAUUUUAUUGUGUCUUUUCUGUGAUUUAUGUUGAAAUAUCAGACUGCUUUGAAUCAGUGAAUAGCCGUUGUCCUUUAUUUCUUAAAUUGAAAACUAAGUUUUCAAUGUUUGUUUCAUUAUAUAAGCAGGAUUUGUUGACGCAGCUCUAGAAUGUGAUAUUUUCUAAUUGUUGCUAAUUGAUUUAAAUUAUGUAUUUUAAUAAUGGCUGACAUCAGCAAUCAGGAAAUCUUGAUUUAAAUAAUUGAUUUUAGUAUGGUUUUGUAUUUGUAUUUUUUGGUUGUUUUCCUAAAGUAAAGCUCAUUCUCAUGGGUGCCUAUAGAUAUUGGAACAUGUUGAUUUGCAACCAAAUACAGCCUUUACACUCAGUUUGGUACUUCAUUUUGCUAACUUACUAGUUAUGGACAUAUUUUACAUUUGUAUAUUAGUUUCAUCAAAUUGCCUUAUAUGCAAGAAACAGAAGUCAAGUUUAUCAGAGCAUAUUUUUCAUUUAAAAUGGAUUUAGUAAAUGAAGUAGUAUCUUGAGUUAGUGAAUUGAUAUACAUUUUAAAGUACUUAGGUGCCCAAGGAUUUGUCUGCAUGGUGGAGUAAUGUGUUCUAUGGGGAGGGAGGAGACGAGGAAUGAUGUGAUUUCUAAAGCACACUAAUAUGACAUUAAUUAAUCUGUGUAAUCCUAGCUGGUACACUUUAACAUGUGCUGUUACAAAUAGUACUAUAUUGAAGCUUACUAGAGAAUCUUUAGUGUGCCUCAGCAAGAUCUAUAUUGACCAGUUAAUGCACAACCUGUUAGUACUAUACUAGUGUAGAGCAUCUAAAUCUACCAGAUGGACAAAGCCCUAAAAAUGCAGAACAGAACUGUAGCACUUACAUUUGUGAAAAUGUAAAUACUAACAUUUGUUAAAGACUGAAAAUAAAAGAGCUAUUGAAUUUAGCACACAAUAUUGUGAUAUAUUUAUAUUUAUUUGACUUGACCUAAAAAGUUAGUCAAACACUGGAAUAAAUUGCCCAGG